AUGCAAGAACUAAAAUCUCCAAAGUUGUUAAAUAAUCUAGUCUCAAAUGUUUAAAAAAAAUAAAACCCUAUUCCUCCGUCAACUGAUGUCAAUAUUCUCCAGUAAAUUUUAGACCAAGUUCAGCCUGUGGAGAUAAUACAUAAUAAUAAUGAUGAUGGUUAAGGAUUGGCGAAUCAUAAGCGAAACAAUAAAGCCCUUAAAAUUAAUGAAGAUUAAGCAGAAUAAUAGUUAAUUGACUUUAUUCAAUUAGGCAUCUAAGACUUUGAAGCUAACUAAUAUUCCCAAUGUGUAUAUCACUUGAAAUAAGCAGAAUAAAUACUAACUGCCAUUUCGUAUUCUAAUCCCUUAAUUCAUUAUUUCCUGAUGAUAAGGAUAGAUUUGGGAGUUGUCUAUUAUGCAAUUGGCUGGUUAGAACAAGCAUUUACUUGUUUUGAAGAUGCCAUUUUGGCUUUAAAGAAAACUCCCAGAACAGAUUAGGAAGGGUAUCUCCUAUCGAUAAUACGGCUGCAUUGUUAUUUGUAAUGCUGCAUCAUCCUUUCAGAGAGUGGUCAGCAUUCCGAAGCUUUGGCCUUUGCUAAAAUGGCCAUAAGAAAAUCUUCCAAGAUAUUGAUAGAUCUCCAAAAGUACUUGCAGAGCUAAAUACAUUAAUCAGUCAUUGAGGAUAUACUUAGGAAGAGCAUUCCAAUUCUGAAACCGAAACAUCAAACAAUAGUUUAGAGUUAUCAAGUUCAAACCUAAGCUGCUUAAGAAAGUUAUGAUUAAGUGUAUUCUGGAUGUCCAUAAGAGUACAUUCAAAGAGCCAACAUCUUAUAAUUCAUCCAAAUGAAUCCAGUAAAUUUAAGCAAUUUCAACCAUGUGAUGAACUUCCCUACAAAUUAACAAUAUUUGCAUCUGAUUUGUUUGUUUGUGAUUUCCUUGUAUUGCACCUCAACGGAGUCUAAAUUUACCUAGAAAGUUGAAUCUUGUUGUUUUAGUGAAGCAGAGAAUUACUUAUCAAGAGCCUUAGAGAUAGCAUACUUGUAUUUACCAAAAGAUCUACCAUUAAUAACCUAAUUGUUAAAUGUCCAUAAUAGAUUUUAUGACAUUUCUAAAUAAGUAUGUAUUUGCAUGAAGCACUAGGCAAUAGAUGAAGAUGCAAAGAUUAAGAUGGAUUAAGGACAUUUUGAGAUUGUUCUUCUCAAACCAGUUAUUGAAUCAUAAAAGUGUGGUUUUGUUAUUCCAAUCAUCAGAAAAUCCAAAUUUAUUGGAAUGAAGAGUAGAACUAGAUCGAUGAAAGAGUAGCAAUUCUCAAACACUAAGCAAGCCAAUUUUAACAUAGAGCCAGAGCACUAGAUCUUGGAAGUUUAAAGUAGGACUCAUAAGCGGAAAUUAAGGUCUGUCUCAACCACAAACAAAUAUAAACCUAAUUCUCCUAAAUGGGUCAAUCACUAAUUAGCAGAAGUCUAUUUGCAAUAGUAAUAUCCCUUUAAAUCUAUCCAAAUCAAAAAGUAGUAUUAAAAAUACAAUAAUAAAACUGUUGAAUUGGGUUCUGGGAAAAAUUCAGCAAAUCAAAAUGGUAAGUUGAAUAGAUCGGAAAAUCAGAUUAAAAAGAAACAAUUAAAUAUUUAAUUAAUGAUUACUAAUAACAUCAAUUAGACAAGUUCUACUUAAAAUUCAAAUGGUGGAUAACCUAUUCAAAUCCCUAAUGUAACAUAAUAAUAGUUAUUUAAGAAGAAAAAGAAUAAUUCCUCAUUUAAUUUUGAUUAAAUAACAACUAAAAGCCCUGGUAAUCUGUUUGUCUAGAAAUAAAGAGAUGAGAAAAAACUUUCGACAAUACAAUAGAAAUUUAAAUCUGUAAUAAAACAAUAUUGA